AUGUCUGCCCCGACGCCAUAUACCACUCAACAGGCACUCCCACGAGGCUCAAAAGUCACUGAAAGUGACGACUAUGUCACAGUUGUGACGGAUGUGAAGGGCAAUACACUCGAAGUUCCAAAAUGGGAAUAUUCUCGGUUUCUCGAAAUUGAGACCCGCAAGCGCGAUCGUACCCUGAGCAAGGAUGCACGCCAGGCCGCCCGCUCUCUGGCUGAAAUCAUCCUCAAUCGCUGGUGCGAGCGACGGAAAGGCAAAAACGAAAAGACUAGACCUAGUCGCAAAAGGAAUGCAUGCGAUAUGCUUUCUGAAACUAUAGACAUGUCUUCACCCGCAUCCACCCAGAGUGAUCUACCAAACGACCUUGGUACAUUACCUAAAGUACCCAAAACACGGCUCCGUCGAGGAACCAUUGUAUCAUCCCGGCCAGGGUUCCACACCGUAGUCGUCGAUUCAUCCAAUAAUACGCUCGAGGUUCCGGAGGACGAGUACAACAAAUGGUACUCGCUCUACGAACGGAAAUCCGACGUCGAAUCAAGCAUAGAUACCAGGCUUGCCAAUCGUGCUCGUGCGAAAAAUAUGAUGGACAAUUGGUGUAAACGUCGGAAACGUGCCAAAAAGACAGUCGGAUCUUGUGCUGGUGAAGUGCCCGUGGACGAUGAUGGUUACGCAGCUGCGAUGGCACUAAUGGGUUUAUCUUAUGUCUCAUAG